AUGUCGCCCACCAACUUCUGCUACAAGCCCCUCUACUCCCUUUCCGACUUUGACCGCCUCUUCGACGAGACGCUCAACGCGAGCAACGAACCGAGCCGCACACAGAAUGGCGGCCAGCUCCCGCGCCAGAACUCGUCUCUAAGCGCCCCACGCCCCAAGAUGGACGCUCACGAAGACAAGGAGGAAAAGAGCUCGGUGCUCACCGUCCCCGGCGUGACCAAGGUCGACGAGACGAAGGAGCAGGACGGCUACACCGUACGCGAGCGCCGCUUCGGCAAGAUCUCGCGCUCCAUUCCAGUGCCGCAGGGCAUCAAGGAGGAUGUGAUCAAGGCAUCGCUCGAGAACGGCGUGCUGAGCGUGAGCUUCCCGCGCACAGCGCCCGAGGCUCAGCCAAAGAAGAUCUCCGUCGUGUAA